UGUACCAAUAAUGUUCAGUUAUUUUGUCUAGUUAGGCAGUUUUCUAUGUAUUAAAUGUUACGAUGACCCAAACUGUUGGAACCACCUGACAUGUCCAAAAAUGUUGCAGACACUUAGGUAGGUAGCUCACUGUUACAGGUUGCUGCACGUACCUGUGAUACCCAAAAUAAAGUCUUGGUACGCAGUUUACUAUGUUACAAGUUGCUGCAAGUGCCUGUGAUGCCCAGAACUGCGGAACGGCCAAAAAUGCAAUCUAGAGAGGCAGCUCAUUAGAGUUUGAAACGCAGCCUGGAACUCCUCUAGUGACUCGCAGCGCGCUGCAGUGAGAGAGACUGAUCCUCUGUCAGACUCCAGUCACGCAACUCGUGCUACGAUUAGACGAAUAAAACACAGACACACAGUCUUGAGAACUUUUCGCACUGCGUGGGUUGGAUAGCUUGUCACUGGUCUUCUCUUUAGGACUUCUUGCGGGCUGAGUGUUAUUUCACGCGCACACACUGACUCACUUACGCUCCGAAAGACAGACAGAAAGAUCCGACACAGACAGCAGCAUCAGUUAUGAAAGUUGGAGCAGAAGCUCUACGUUGACAUGCUGAAGGUGAAGCAGCAGGGAUGUCAUCCAGGCGUGGCUCGGGGAGGAUAUGGAUGUCUAUAUAAAUGACUCGUUCAGUCUGAUCACAGAUGAAAAGAGCGUCUCUCUCCUCUUCGCUCUCUAAACAUCCAAAGUCCAAAGUUCCUCGUCAUGGCAGAGGUUGCUGGAUUUCUCGGGAGCAUCGAUCUGGAUUUGCAGGCUUUUCCAGCAUUAGGGAAUGUGCCUCUGUCGGAUGGUUUGAAUGAGAGAUUGGGUCUGAUUGAGGGCAGACUGCAGCGCGGAUCGCUCACGGAUUUUGGCCACCUGAAGGGCAUCCUGCGCAGGAGGCAGCUCUACUGCCGCACCGGCUUCCAGCUGGAGAUAUUUCCCAACGGGACGGUACACGGAACCAGACAGGACCACAGUAGAUUCGGUAUUCUGGAGUUUAUCAGUCUGGCCGUCGGGCUGGUGAGCAUACGAGGCGUGGAUGCUGGUCUUUAUCUGGGGAUGAAUGAGAAAGGUGAACUCUAUGGGUCGAAGAAGCUGACAGCAGAGUGUGUGUUCAGAGAGCAAUUCGAGGAGAACUGGUACAACACAUAUGCAUCUACACUCUACAAGCAUGCGGACACUGGGAGAUACUAUUACGUGGCUCUGAACAAGGACGGCUCGCCUCGAGAAGGCGGCAGGACUAAAAAGCAUCAGAAGUUGACUCACUUCCUGCCCAGACCUGUUGAGAUAGAGAAGAUACCCCAAGCUUACAGAGACUUGUUCCAGCACAGGUGACAAGAGCAUCCAUCGGAGUUGCUGUGUUGGAGAGGCGUAGUAGAGGUGCUUGAUGGGAAACACGGACUCUGAAGAACAUUAAGAAAUACAAGACCCUACUUCUCUCGCCUCACAGCUGUUUAUAUUUGGGUUCUGGUCCAAAAUGAGGAGGCCCUCUCCAAUGGUGAUUGAGAUAAACAGUACGUGUGUGUCCUGGAUGGCUCCGUUUCCUCUCCUUAAUGGGUUUUAAACCACAGAGAAGAGGGAACAUUCCUGCAUCCAAAGCUGGUGCCAAAAGAUGUCUUGAGGAAGAGGUGUUGACUUCAGGGCCUCAUGACAUUGUGUCAUACAAUCAACCUUUCUUCAGACAGUCAUUGUGUGAGCCACACUUUUUGUAAAGUGGACCACAUUUUGGGCAUGUCCUCACUGGAAAAAAAACAAAACAAAAACAAGGGUCUAAAUCUAAAUUUAUUGAGCAACUUUUCACCUGAGCAUAGGAAGUAAAACUGCCUCUGACUGUAAAGAUAAAAAUUAACAUGCCAAUUCUGGUGACUCGGGGGCAGAUCUCAUGUUGAAAGGUCAUGACGCAGCACUUAGCAAAAACAUGGACAUGGGGAGAAUACCCAACCUUCCUGUAGGACAAAUGCAAAGCAAGAGCUUUUCAAAUUAAAUAUACCUUUGAGGGCACUUAAAAGGAGAAAGACGCUUUGAAGAAUAAUGACCAGCUUCUACUGGAAACAAUAUUAAUUUUGAACGGAAAUAUUCUGAGAUUGUGGAAGAAGUAACAAGGCUUUACGCUAAUGGAAACAAACACCCCUUUCUUCAUGUAAAAUAUUAGAGAGGCUUACAUAGAUCAUAUUCUUUAUGUCUUCUGUCAGAUUCUGUCAACCUUCUUUUGAAGGUUCAGCAGAGGUUCAAACUUUAGAAUUUUUGUAGAAACAGCAAAUACCAACUUAUCACUUUCAAAGCAAGCGGAGAACAUAUAUGGUGCUUCCUGAAGGGUUUGGUAGAGGCUUUGGUCAUUUGACAAAGAGUGACUUAUAAUGUUCAGGUUGUCAGGAACAUUAUUAAAAUGUAAGUGAAAGACAUGUAAAUAUGGACAAACCUAUUUAUAAGAUGUACAAUAUAUUUAUUUUCUACAUAUAAAGUAUAAUUAUUAAAUCUAUAUAUAAAUAUAUUUAUUUAUUUCAAAGGCUCUAUUUUGUAAUGAACUUGAAGUUAUUGGAACUGUAGAUUCUACUGAAAUAUACAGAAGGGCUAAACCAUUUGACCUGAAUGACUGCUAUUGUUUAUUGUCAUUGACCAUAUUUGCAAGGAUUCUCUGUACCAAUUAAAAUCUGAGAAACACUGAGCUGAUUGAGUUUGACUUCUAUGAUAGUUUAGCUACAGUUAAGCAUUAAAGGAGGGCAAGGUACUGCUAUAUAGAACAUAUGGUUUUAAGAAACACAAGACACGGUGAGAGCACUAGUUGUGUAAGUGAACAUGAUACAGCAUUCACAAACCAUUGUACUUCUAUCUAUAAUGUCAACUAUUUGCAAGUAAAACUGUGUGGCACUCCAUCAGAGGCAGAGCAAGUUGUGUUUUGUUGAAAGAUUACAAAUUUUUGUCUUUGGAAUAGUAUGGUCAAGUAGGUAGAGUGAAUUCCAUGUUGUCUUCAAAGUACAACGCAUUUGAUACCCUUUCAGAAAAUCUUCAUGUUCAGCAGGAGACAAUCAAUCUGUGAAAUGUUGUUUAUCUAGUACAGCGUAAAUUCCAGAACAUCACAGCAGCAGCAUUCACAGAAUAAUCCAGCUCUCUAGAGAUGUGGAUGUUAGCUGAUGAUGUAAAAAGACAGCUCUUGGCUCAGGGAACCUGUGGGAAAGUUCUCCCUUAGCAGUCUGUAGAGGCAUAAAUCAACGCCCCACAGAAAGCGAAACAAUACAUGAGAAUGUGUUGCUUUGGUGAGCGUCAAACCUUUUGAAAAGUCGGCACCACAACAAUAUUAAUUACCUAUAUAAUAGUAAAAACAUACAUGGAACUAUUGUUGUUUUUAUGAAUCCAAUGUGUUGUAAAUCACAGCAACACAAAACCCCCAUGGUGAUUGAAUGAAGAUUUGGACCAGCACUGAUGUUGCCCUGAAUGGACUCUGAGUUAUACUGUUUCAGUCAACCCUCAUAAUCAGAAACGAACAAUUUGGAUAGAACAAACCAGAUUUACAAACAUUCACAACCCCACCCACCUCCGUUGCCUGACAACAUCCUUGGCUGGGCUCCGUUCAGAUGAUCAAUUGUUAGCUUUGCAGCCAACACGCUCAAAUACUUUCAGAUACGAAGUGAAUACUGCAUAUUCAUGUGAACGGAAGCAGGUUUUAACAUUGGGGGACAGAUGAGGGAACAGCUGCUCGGUGCUGCAAAGUUAGCCGAGUGGUAAUCUGGGCAUACCAAGGAUGGGAUCAACAUUUCAACAUCUGCAAUAGUUGUAAUGUUUCUCUUUUGGCAGCUUUCUGCAAGCUGUGAAUGCAAGCUCCCCUCAGGAGGGAGACGUGGGCUUGAGGGGGCGAAUGGAAAAGAGGGGGAGAAAAACUCUGGCUGCUAAAGAAAUGAAAAUAAUAGCAAGCAGUAGAAAAGACAUAGCAGAUGAAAGACUGAAGGGGUGGAUUGGGGUGUACAGGAGGAGAUAGAUUCUCAGGGUGUGAAAAGAGAGCUGUCUGGAGAAAGCACAUCUGAAAUUUGCUAUUGUGGUCAUGGACUUUAAGAACGGUCUCAUUUGCUUAUUCAUUUACAGAAAAUAUUUCAGUACUCAAUAGUUCUUUAAAGCAAAAAUAAGUAGAACUAACUAGUAUGAGUGCAAAUCAGGGGCACACGUUUCUGUUGUCUUCUGGAGACCUCAUCUGACUGUCAACUGCAUUGCUACAAUCAUGGGACGGGUGUGGCACAUUUUAACAUGCAUGAACAUCUAGUGCAGGGCUCUUCAACUUCAGUCCAGGACGGCCCUGUCCUGCAGAGUUUAGCUGCAACUCUAAUCAAACUCACCUGCCUGUAACUUUCUAGCAAUCCCAAAGACCUAGAUUGACCUAGGUUGGAGCUAAAGGCCCUGACCCAAAUGGCACCCUAAACCCUUGCGGUCUUCCUACGAGUCCGCACUUUCGUGAUGUAACACCGCUUUGACUGUCGGGAAGAAGUCUGUUGCGAGGCUUGCACCAGUGCGGGCUCAGGAAAAGUGUGCAUCAAGGGGGCAUAGCAGCCGCAAAGGGGGCGCUCGCGAGCACCCUUGUGAAACCUUAAAUGAUGAGUGGGACACCCUACUGUCUCGUGGGCUUAACGGACACACAGCAGCCAUUGUAAGUCCACAAGACCUAAAGUACACAUGAAGUGUCCCAUUUAGGACAGGGCCAUACUCUGCAGGAAAGUGGCCCUCCAGGACCGCAGUUAAAGAGCCCUGGUCUAGCCAGUAUACAUCUGUCCUAAAAAGUAGAUAAUUUCCUUUCUUUAAAACCAAUGUCUAGAAAUCCAGUGGUGGCCAGUGGUAUGUUAAUUUUGCUAAUUACCACCCAAGUACCUGGUUGUUUGCCAAUUUUGCAGUCAGGUCAGUGACAGCUGGUACUAUUGGCAACGCAUCUUGCAGAACCAACAAUAUACUUUGAUGCUUCAGUUUGUUUCUAUGGACUGCUAUACGCAAGCCAUCCGCCAUACUAGGACAGUCAAAUCCGGUCCAUGACCACUCGAGAGCUAUUAUCCACAAUCGACAUUAGCAGAUGAUUUUCACAGCAUUUAGUUGAUCAUUAAUGGGUUAAUUCUGUAUAUGUAUAUUGUAUCUUGAGUUAUACAUAAAAACACAAACCAGCACAUCCUCACCUCUGAAAAGUUAUCCCAUUUCAUCAGCUCUGUGUAUUUUACAGGCAUAGGCUGCACAAUGCUGUGAAAUUUCAAUUAAAAUGAAUUGAUUUGUUAGUGUGAAUGAUGAACAGCAUCAUGUUAACCAUCCCAAGAUGGCGGAUGCGUAGACCUAUCUGGAGUGGUCGAAUGUGGCAUCUGAGAGCAGAUGGAACAAAAUGGAAUUUUAGAAAAUUCUCAAUUGCUUAAAUUGAAGAAAAUCCAAUAUAAAUGUCAAAAAAUAUAAAUGCUCAUUUAAAAGUUUAAAGGCGCUCUAAGCGAUUUGACGCGUUUUUAGGCCCAAUUUUUUUUUUUUCACAUACCGCAAACAUCUCCUCACUAUGCGACAGCUGCCU